AGCUCUCGGAGGGAAGGACCGAGUUGCUGUCUCGGACUGGGGGAAUGGAGCGUGCGUGGCUGCCGGCGGGGCGUCUCUGAUGGAGCUACUGUGACUGGUUCUAAAGAUCCCAAUUCUGGAGAGAAAGCCCUAACCAUGACACCUGGCAAAGAAAGGGAAGCACUCUGUGAAGACACCUCUGGGGAUGGUGUUACUUCCAUUUACAGCAACCCAGUAUCGCCACAGAGUUCAGAUUCUACAGAUGAAUUUACCACCUACUUUGAUCAGAAAAUACCUAUACCACAAGAUGAAAAGCACCCAUGGUUCAGUUUUCGAAAACUGUGGGCCUUCACUGGGCCUGGUUUUCUAAUGAGCAUUGCCUACCUGGAUCCAGGUAACAUUGAAUCAGAUCUACAAUCUGGGGCAGUUGCAGGAUUUAAGCUGCUCUGGGUUCUCUUGUUGGCUACUGUCAUUGGUUUGUUGUUACAACGUUUGGCGGCAAGGCUGGGUGUGGUAACAGGACUUCACCUAGCAGAAGUAUGCAAUCGACAGUACCCCAAGGUUCCUCGACUUAUCUUGUGGCUGAUGGUGGAGCUGGCUAUCAUUGGAUCAGAUAUGCAGGAAGUCAUCGGCUCAGCAAUUGCCAUCAACCUCUUGUCCGUUGGGAAAAUCCCUUUGUGGGGUGGAGUCCUCAUAACAAUAGCUGAUACCUUUGUGUUUCUCUUCCUGGACAAGUAUGGUUUGAGGAAACUGGAAGCAUUGUUUGCCUUCCUCAUUACUAUCAUGGCCGUCACGUUUGGAUAUGAGUAUGUAACUGUAAAACCAGACCAGGGACAGCUGCUGAAAGGGAUGUUUAUGCCUUAUUGUGAAGGCUGUGGGCCUGCCCAACUAGAGCAAGCUGUUGGGAUCGUAGGCGCUGUCAUCAUGCCUCACAACAUGUACCUGCAUUCUGCUUUGGUCAAGUCUCGACAGGUGAAUCGGGCCAUAAAGAAGGAAGUUAGUGAGGCCAACAAGUAUUUCUUCAUUGAAUCCUGCAUUGCCCUCUUUGUCUCCUUCAUCAUCAACGUCUUUGUUGUCUCAGUCUUUGCAGAAGCUUUUUAUAAAAAGACAAACCAAGAAGUGCAUGACAUCUGUGCAAAUAAAAGCUUUGCCCAAGCUGUGGUGUUUCAGUCAGAUAAUAGCACCAUAGAUGUGGAUAUCUACAAAGGGGGAGUAAUUCUAGGUUGUUACUUUGGCCCUGCUGCUCUCUACAUCUGGGCUAUUGGCAUCCUUGCUGCAGGACAGAGUUCAACAAUGACAGGAACUUACUCUGGACAGUUUGUUAUGGAGGGAUUCCUCAAUCUGAAGUGGUCGCGGUUUGCUCGUGUGGUUCUAACCCGCUCCAUUGCCAUCACGCCAACUCUUCUGGUUGCUAUUUUCAAAGAUGUGGAACACUUGACUGGAAUGAAUGACUUUCUCAAUGUCCUCAUGAGUUUACAGCUGCCCUUUGCUUUAAUCCCAGUGCUCACUUUUACUAGUCUGCGUCCAGUGAUGAAUGACUUUGCCAAUGGCCUGGGCUGGAAAAUCGCUGGGGGAAUUCUCAUUGUGAUCAUCCUCAGCAUUAACAUGUACUUUGUGGCGAUCUAUGUGACUGCCCUAGGACAAACAGUGUUAUAUGUAUGUGCUUCAAUUAUCAGCGUUCUCUACUUAGCCUUCGUGGCAUAUCUGAGUUGGCAGUGCUUAAUUGCUCUCGGAGUUUCCUUCCUGGCUUGUGGGCAUACGUAUCAUCUGGGACUCACUUCUCAGCCUGAACUCUUUCUUCUGAAAAAUGUUGAUGCUGUCCCAAUCAUGAACAGAUGAAAUCUUGUCCACCACCGUCAACCGAGUGUAACUUAUUUGAAACACCUUUUCAAUGCUGCACAAAACCAAAUUUUGAUUGGUUCUGAUAUUAGCGGGUACAAGUCAAGAAUGGCCAAUGGAGACUGAGCUUCCCCUUGAAAGAAGAAGCAGGAAGGAGAGUCAAAUUAUGAAGAGUUAUCUGUUACACUGGGAAACAGACCUCUUUAGAGGCUGGCUGUACAUGAGGUCAACUAUGAAGGCUAUUAAAGGACUAUUGACAAAGUUGAAGCAUACCUUGUAAGUGAGAAAAAUGGUUCUAAUUGACAGACAGCUGCAAAAUGCAGAAGGUAACAAAAAGGUGAAGAGCUAUGAAUGAAAUAAGGGGGCUCAACUUAAUAUUUAUUUUUUUUGCACAUCUCAGUUCAUUUAUGAGGAGGCUGGAAGAGAAUUACACUGGAGAGAGUCGCAAAUAAAGGGAGAGUUUGGUACCAUCUUCCUCUUUUUCCACUUAAAAAUCCUUACCUCUUUAUUGGUAUAAAUAGGUACAUAUUUGUAAAUAAAAGUUCUGAUAGGAAGCCUCCCACUUAAUACAAAGUGUCAUUAAUCUGUUUUGGAAGGAUUCACAAUUCUCUCUUAACUUCUGAUUUCUGGAAUGCUGUUAGAUUGGGUUCUAGAAAUUAAGCAAUAUCCUGCUUUAAUUCAAAAGGAAAAUUGAACAGAACUUUCUGAAACUCUUAAUGAUCAUAAUCCACCAGGAAGAGUAUCUGCGUGAGCCCUAUAUAAGACAUUAAAUAAAGAUGAACAAAUAGAAGAUGGAAUAAGAACACAUUUCAAGUUUUUUAGGAUUAGACCAGUAUUUCUCAAUCUUGGCAGUUUGAGGAUGGGUGGACUUCAACUCCCAGAAUUCCAUUGGCUGAGGAAUUCUGGGAGUUGAAGUCCACCCAUUUUCAAGUCCCCAAAGUUGAAAAAGAGUGGUUUAGACAAAAAAAUUUAUAGGUUUCCCAGCGAUGUUCCUAUCCUAAAUUCAAUGUUUCAUCCCAUUUCCUUCAUAUGGCAUAUUCCUGUGCUUUGCAUACAUGAAAAGCAUGUGUUUGCUAACCCUUUGGUUCCCUGUUUUGUUUAACUGUUGUAGGGAGUUUUUUGUUUCCUUUUGUUUCAUGCAAGUCUAAUUCCUGAGCAUACUAUUUGCUUCAGUGUGCUUAAACUGCAGAUUCUGCUUAGCCCAAAAUCAUUCUAAAUUGUCAUUGUUUUUCCAACUGGGUCCCUGAUUCUUUUCUCCAGAAGCUGUAAGACCAUAGACUCUAAGGAAAAAACAUGAUUACUAAGAAUAAAUAAACCUAGAGGCUGUUGUUUCCUCUCAAGAAAGUUUAGUAGUGAGAAGAAGAAUAUAGAGAAAGGUAAAUUCCAAAGAAAUCCACUGUAGGUCCUCUUUCUUAAUUGCUGGUGGAAAACUCCAGCCCUAUGAUGGCCCCAAAACUCUGGCUGUUCCACUAGCAAUGUAAGGGCAUGUCAAGUGGAUUAGGGAAGCUUUGGAUGCAUUAGUGUCCCUGAUCUUUAAUGACAAUUAUCAUCAAGAAGGAAUAGAAGUAACAAAUCCAAUAAUAAUUCUCCCUUGUCCCAAUUUCUUGAAGAUUAAUCAACCUUCUUUUCUGAGCUUGAAUUAAACAUGAAGCCUUUUGCUCAAGAGGUUCUAUAUCUCGAAGACUUUUGCCCUCAUCCUUGAGUUUAAUCUGUUCUGCUUUUUCUGGCUUCUGCUAGCAUUGUUCAAGUUAUGCCUCAGGCUCUGGAUAAAAGUGUUUGUUCAUUCAAGUACAAAGAAAGUUUCACGCACAUUUUUACAGUUGGAGAGACAGAACUGGGAGGAAUUUCUUUGAUAGAGAGCAGGGGUCUCCAAACUUGGCAACUUUAAGACUUGUGGACUUCAAUUCCUAAUGUUCCCCAAACAGCAUGGCUGGCUAAGAAAUUCUGGGAGUUGAAGUCCACAAGUCUUAAAAGUUGCCAAGUUUGGAGACUCCUGAUAUAGAUUAUACACAAUCCGAUUUACAUAGUUCACCUUGGUUUCAAGUCAGAAAACAAUAUAGGGCUAGACAGAUUGUUCAAAAUGCUACCUGAGCAUGCACAGGAUUGCAACCUUGUACUUACUCUCUAAGCUUUGUUAUAAAACUUGUUCAAUGCAGUAUUAAGAUUGGAGGAAUUCCACCACAGACUAUCCACUCAAUCCUUGUAUCACUUUUCCCUUUGAGAAGUAGCUUUCUAGCCCUCAUGACAGGAUCACUUAAAAAAAAAAAAAAAGAAAGGCACGUGUGAUAAAAUAUAUAUAUUUUACUUGAAAUCCUAUAUUUUGCAUUUGAUAUUUCACUUCCCAUUUCGUCUCCUUUUCUGUGAUUGCCAGCAACUUCAAAGUCCAUAGUCCAUUCCCAUUUUCCUGCAGUCCAGUUCCAGAAUAAAAAGACAGGUUUUAAAGAUUGUGUAGGAGAUAGCGUACUCUACAUCAAACAAUUUUCAUAUCUUCUAUCUCACAUCUGAGAAUAAGGAUACCGUGGUAUCUCUCAUUGUAAAAUGCCUCCCAUCUCAUCUCCUUUUUAACCAUCAUUGGUGGCAUACCUUAGCAUGACCAGAUUUAUUUGUUGCUUUCACAUUCCGGUGUUAAGAUUUAAUUUAAUUUCCAGACCUUUAUGAGAGGAUGCACCUAGAUGCAAAAAUAAAAUAAACGCACUCAGCAUUGAACUUUGAUUUCAGAAAUUUCCCAUUCCAAAACCAUUCAAGUUUCCAAUCCUUACAUUCAGAAAUAAAUUGGCAAUAUUGGUAGAAAACACUAAUGCUCAUAAAUACUACAGCUGCUUUAGUUGGCCAACGUGCAUCCUAUCUCUGAAUAUUAGAUAUUCUCUUUGAUUUUGGAAAUCUAAUGUUGACAUAGCUUUAAAACAAAGUUAUGCCAACAAAGUCGCAUAGUCUUUAACCAUGACAGGUAGAUGUUCUUUUGCAACAGUCUUGUAUGUAGUUUGGGGCAGAUGUGUCUUGUUCAGCAAUAAAUUGAGACUGGCUUCUAAGACUGGCUGCAAAGCUGUUGCCAAAACUUUGCUUUCUGCUUCAGAUUGAAGAAUGUAAUAUUCCUAUGCUCAAACUGAUGUCCAAGUCUCUUACUUGACCUGGAUGCACAGGUACAUUUGAACUCACUAGGUUGAUGGUACUACCAGAACGAUCAGAUAGCAAUGAAAAUGAUUCAAGGUGCUCAAAAUAUUUGUAACUGGGCAAUAAAAUAUUUGGUUUAGUACCUUUGGUAUCAAUUGCUUUGAAAAGUUUAAUGUUACAAAAUCCAUUUUCCUUUUUGUUAAUUUUGCUUGACAUUUGGUACUAAUUUAUUUGAAAUGUUGGGUCAGCCAUUUUGGUUUAUUUAAAUGAAAAUCCAGAUCUUCAAAUAAAUAUCAAAUAC